UGUACCCUUUCAGUAUGUGUCUGACAAUCUGGCUGUCAUGUCCGUUGGGUUCCUGCUCAACAGUGCAGACGAUGCUGUCAUCUGGAAGGGACCCAAGAAAGAUGGAAGUGGCUCUGCUGGAUGUGAGGAAGGAAAUCACAUUCUGCAGGAAAGUGAACAUUCCCAUCAUUGGCCUGGUGGAGAACAUGACCACCUUUGUGUGCCCCAAGUGUAAGACCAAGACGGCCGUCUUCCCUGCCACUACUGGAUGUGACCCCCAGCUGGCAGAGGAUACUGAGAUGCCACUGCUUGGCCAGCUGCCGCUGGACCCCCGGGUGGCCCAGGCAUGUGAUGAAGGCACCAACAUUCCGACACGAGCCAGAUGCUGCUGUCACUCAGGCAUACAAAGACAUUGCAAACAAAAUCAAGGAGUACUGUGACGCAGUCCCAAGAAGCCACUUGACCUGCAGCGGUAGCAGCAGCAGCAGCAGCAGUCAUCACCACACUAACCAACACAUUCUAUAGAAAAGUCUUGUUAUUCAUGCAGAGGUUUAUUUUACAUUUACUUCUUAAAUCCAUAUUAUUAACAUCA